UAUUUCUCCUGGGAGGAGUGGGAUCUCCUGGAUGAGGAUCAGAGAUGCCUGUACCACGAUGUGAUGCUGGAGAACUUUGCGCUCACAUCCUCACUAGCUGGCACUCUUCAAGUAUCUACCAGUUGGUGAAACAGAUCUUCAGAGAAACAAGUCAGUACGAAUUGAACAUCCAAAGUUGAACCUCUCUGAGAAUUCUUGUUAAGAAUGGCUUUAGAUCUCAGAAUUUCAUGUCAGGGAGAACCAUCUAGGAAUGUCCCUGGGUCAGAAAACCUAGAGCAUAAGCCCAGCCAAGGACCAGCCAUUCAGGGGGAAGAGAUCUAUGAGUUCCCCAGCACUCAGCUCAGUUUAUUUCAAAACAGUAAUAACUCAUGCGCAAGGGAGGAACUGCAAAAUCUCUACAACUUAUUUCACUCAUGGCUGCAGCCAGAAAAACACAGCAAGGAUGAAAUUAUUUCUCGUUUGGUCCUGGAACAGUUUAUGAUCAAUGGCCACUGCAGUGACAGGUCCAUGUUGAAAGAGAAAUGGAAUACAAGUGGCAGAAACAUGGAGAAAUUCAUGGAAAAUCUAACUGACGAUGGCAUGAAACCACCUGGAUUAGUCCACGUCCACAUGCAGGGACAGGAAGCCCUCUUUUCUGAGAAUAUGCCCUUAAGAGAAGUCAUUGUUCAUUUCACCAAACAGUUGUCAGCAGGAACCCCAACAGGAGAGAACAUGGGGACACCGUCCUGUACUCCCCAGGAUACUUCCCUGGCAACGGGACGAGGAGAUGAAAAUAAAGAAAAUGGUGGCAACAUUGACCAAGUAAAUGACGGUAUUACUAGUCAAGGCAAUGAAAUCCCUUCCCUACUCAUUAUCCAGGAAGAGGGCUGUCCUAGGCCUGAAGACGACAGUGUUUCUUUGAAGAAUCCAGUCAGCUCUGGAAGAGCAGGUCUAGCUAUCUCCGGGUCCCAGGAGGGGUGCCCAAAAGGACCCCCUUAUCAAGAUAUCCUUAUGGAGGUGGGACCAAGGUUUCUCUCUCAGCCAGUCAAGGUCACCCCUGAGCCUGUUCCUACCCACCAGAAUGAGGGAAUCUCCACAUGUGAGGGACUCCAAGAAAGAUCCCAUGAAGCCUCCAAACCAUAUAGAUGUGAAAAGUGUCCCAAGAUCUUUAGGUAUUUCUCUCAGCUAAAAGCCCAUCAGAGAAGACACAAUAAUGAGAGGACAUUUAUUUGUGCUGAGUGUAACAAAGGCUUCUUCCAAGCAUCAGACCUACAUGUGCACCAGAUGACUCACGCAAGAGAGAAGCCUUUCACGUGCAGCAUGUGUGAAAAGUCCUUCAGCCACAAAACCAACCUCAAGGCUCAUGAGAGAAUCCACACGGGAGAGAAGCCCUACGAGUGUUCCCUUUGCCGGAGAAGCUACCGCCAGUCAUCCACCUAUCACCGCCACCUGAGGACUCACCAGAAAAUGGCCUUCAAAAGUGCUCCUUCCACACCAGAAGCUUCCUCAGCUGCAGCCCCAAUGUAAUGUACAUAAAUGUAUAUGCAAGUAUGUAUAUUUCCAUCGUACUUCUCUGUUUGGAAGAUAAUUCCUAAUUUCCUGAUCAUAAUCUCCAUUUCCUGUCUUACUCCAUUAAAAUAUAACUUUAAGGAGGUCAGGGAAUUUGUUUGUUCACUGAAGUAUUUCUGGUACCUAGAAAAAUGGCUGCCACAUUUCCAAUGACCAAUAAGUAAUCUGUUGAAUUAAUUAAUAAAGGUGUAAUGUUGGUGUUUAUUCCUUAAAAUCCAGGAACGUCCAGCCCUAUGACACAAACGGCAGUUCCCAGAGGUCAUGUGAGGCUUUCCCUUUGCUCCCCUGUCCUCUGUCCACACCCUUCACCUUCAGUGGGCCGCACGUACCUAAAAAGUUGGAGAGCAGAGGCAGAAACUCAGAAAUUGGACUGAGGCUUUGAAAGGGAAACUUUAUGUUCCAAUGAUAGAUUCCUUUAAUUCACUGGGAACAUUAACAGCUAAGCUGACCUGAUAUGAUUGGUGAUGGAAAGUUGCCGAAUGCUCUUUUAUUGACAAAUCAUUACCAAAAAAGUCAACUACUUUGCAUUCCUUUCUUCCAGAGAUGGAAGGUAUGGGGGGGAUGGGGAGUCUGUUUGCAGAACUAGUUUGAAAGGGCAGUUUGGGGAGAAGAAAAGAUUCCCGGCACAGCUGAGGCAAAAGCACAUUUACUGGUUAUUUGGAAUACACUCGUGAGCCGGUUUCGACCAGGUAUUGGGGCUCCAUCGUACUGAGAAACCAGAAGGUACAUGUAGAAAGGGCUUGAAUCAUGGAAGGGGGUACUCUGUGGGGUAAACUGUGACAUUUCUCUCGGUGCAUCUAUAGCACAGAAAGCUACGCGGCCACAGAUAGUGGUCCGCUGUGUGGGAAGCCCAUUCACCCAUCCUCUUUCCCGGGCUGUCUCCAUGGGUUUGCUAUUGUCAAUAUUCUUGCACAUACCUCUUGGUGCAAGGGAAAGCUUUUGUUCGGGAAGACCUCUGUUAGGCGGGUUAUGAAAUAAUACAAAAUAUAUAUGCUGGGGAGUGCCUGGGUUACGUGGCUAACUCUUGAUUUCAGCUCAUGGUCUCACAGUUCGUAAAAUCAAGCCCACUGUUAGGUUCUGUGCUGACAGCAUGGGACCUGUUCGGGAUUCUCUUUCUUUUCCCUUCCCUCUCUGCCCCUCUCCCACUUGGGCGUACAUGCUCUCUCUCUCUCUCUCAAAAUAAAUAAACAUUAAAAAAAGAAGAACCUAUGCUUAAAAAAAAGAAUAUUGAAAAUAUAUAUGUUUGUCUCUGCCCCCCAGUUCCUGGCACAGAGCUCCUAAAACCCUUGUUAUUUAUUUUUUGUCUUUAAUUUUUAAAAUGUUUCCAUUUAUUUUUGAGAGAGAGAGCGUGCACAUGAGAAGGGGGGAGGGGCAGAGAGAGGGGGACAGAGGGUCUGAAGCAGGGUCUACACUAACAGCAGAGAGGCCAAUGAGGGGUUCGAACUCAUGAACCAUGAGAUCGUGACCUGAGCCCAAGUUGGAUGCUUACCCAACCGAGUCACCCAGGUGCCCCAUCCUUGUAAUUUCUUAAGUGAUGACAGCACUAGAAGCACCUUUUGUUCUAAUAUUUGGUCUUUGACCCUGGUUCCUGAUACAGAACCCCUAAAUCCUGUGGAAUUUCCUUGGUGAUAGGAGUGUCUUUCAUUUCAGUGAUGCAACUCCUGAGUAGCUUCAGGAUGGGGCGUGGUCACCAAAAAGACCAAGCCAUGCGUAGAAGCUUGGAACUUUCUACCCCAUCCUCCAGACGUGGAGAGGGGCUAGAGAUUGAGUUAAUGAUCAAUCGUGCCACACAAAGUUUGGGGAACUUGGUGAACAGCCACGUGCCAGGAAGCUGGUGUACCCCCAAGUCCAUGGGGACAGGACCUCCUGUGCUGGGGACCCUUCUAGAUCUCGCCACAGCCUGGCAGCUUACAGAUGCACCGGUACUCACAGAGACUCAAGAGACAGGCAUGUCCUAGGGACGCCCAAACAACAUACAGGACUGCACGGUCCCCCAGGACCAAGUGUGAUGAGGGGGAUGGGUGUGAAGAGAGUCUGGCUUCGAGAAAACAACCUAUCCCAUCUCUGCAGAUGUGACGAUGCACUGGUGGAAGAACAGAAAGUUGGGUGCACACCUUUGUACAGCCUGGAGUCCCACACAGACGUGAAGACUCACAGGUGGUCAGGGAGAAACCAGCUGGGGCCUAGAAGUCUUUACACAGAAAUGCUUGCCCCCAGGGCCGAGAAGCCUCACUCCAGCUGGGACAGGAAGGUGGGAGAGUUGCGGGCUUUACAGGAGGGGUGGGAACUUUCUAGCGGGUCAGCAGUCAUCGUUUGGACAAUUUGCAAUUUACUAACAAUGGUGAGGAGGAGCUAUCAGGGCUAAGGUCUCCGGCAAGAGCUACGGGCAGGGAGGUACGAAGGCUUCAGCAGCGGCUCUCAGUCCUUCAAGGCCUCACAACCUCCACAAUACUGACAAUGAUAACCGGGUGACAGCUCAUAUGGGGGCACAGAGUGGAAGUGUCACCCAGAAGCCAUAUUUAGGCUUUCUCCCUCUGAGGGGAGAAAUCGUUACUGAUGAUGGUGAGGGGCCAAGGUGGCCCGCAGGGACACCGAUGACCUAGAAAGCCUCGGGUGGAAAGCGUCUCAAGCAGGCUCUGCUCCACCAGCACAGAGCCCGACUCAGGGCUCGAACUCGCAACACGUGACAUCACGACCUGAGCUGAAAUCAAGGGUGUAAUGCUUAACCGACGGAGCUGCCCAGGAACCCUCUCUGUGCUUUUAAAUUGUGGGUACAGCUUUGUUUCUACCAUUGCUGUGUCCAAGGACCCCAGUCUGACAACAUCAUAAUGUGCUCUCUGAAUCAAAUGAACUUUCAUAAUUUCCAUACCACAUCUGCCGAUUUCUCUCGUUAUUUCAAUUCAUUCUAUGAUUUCAUUUCCAACUUGGUCCUCCAAUUUCCCUUUCCCCUUCUUUUAUUUUGCUUCACUCUUCUAGUCUAUUACAUAUUUCAUUCCACUCAUGAUUUCUUCAAUGUCUCAUUUCAAUCUUAAGUGGGUUUAUAAAAUGUUAGACAAAUUCAUUCGUGUAUAGCUUUGAGGUUUUGAUCUGUUACAUAACAAAAUUCAACUGAAUAAGUUUUAAAGAUUUAACUGGCUUUAUUCAAUGAUUCAUGAGUCAGGCAGGAUCCCAUCCAGUAAAUAGAAAGGAGCUCCAAGGAGCUGUACAAACUGGAAGACUUUUAUAGGCAGAAGGGAUAGGACAAGGAAGUUACUACCAAAAAUAGAUUGUUUCAGGCAAGUUUACCUUCCUUUGGGGGACAGUAGAGCUCUAUCAGGCAGAUUACCUCACUAGUGCAGACCAGGUAAUUCCAGAUUGACCAGCUUAAGAUUCCACACCUGGGAGAGGUUGAAACCAAAAUUGAGUUAGGUAUUAAGUGUUAGUUUGAUGACAAGGGCUUAGGACAAGUGA